AUGCCGUGGAUGGGAGGCACAGAAGCCAUGAAGGAGGACGCCGCGAAGCUGAACGAUUUCGAGCAGCGCGCCGCGGCGAUGGGCGGCGCAAGCGGGGACGUCGCCCAGCUCCUCGAGGAGAUGCGCAAUCACACGAAGGCCCUCGAGCGCCAGCGCAAGCACGAGGACCCGCGCCUUUCCUUUACCACCCCCGAGUACAAAGAGUUCAGCAGGAAGUUCACUGAAAACUUCAAGAAGAACUUCGGGAAGCCCAUCGAGUGGGGAAUGGUGCGACGAUACCCGUGGUCCACCCCGCAGCUCGUCAAGCUCGACGUGCCCAUCGACCCCGACGGUAACCCGUGGCCGCGGGACAAGGACGGCAAGCUCAUCGAGAAGGAGGACCCGACCCUGCACCAGACCGUCAACGUCAAGGACUAG